AUGAACUACCACCCACCAACCGUCAGCGCAGAACUCGACAGCGACAUCUCGCGCCAAAACAUCCUGAAUUACUGCUCCAUCAUCCUACCUGGCAAAACCUGCAACAUCAUAGUGGCAGUCUGUUACACUUGCCGUAUGCGCGGCAACCAGCAGUACCAAGCCAAGUUGAUCGUCGACGGCAGAUGCAUUCUCAGGGGUGGAUGCAAGAACACCAACGAAGAAGCAUUGGCUGGAUUGUACUAUUGGUUGCAGAGACGUGGAGAGUGGAGGGCUGAGAGAUUCCAUGGGUGA